AUGUCACCUUCAAGCAAAAUUGACAUUAUUUACGUUCCCGCGGAUUGCGGCUCUGUGAUUCCAGGUAAAUCCAAAGCCCCCAAAGCAUUCCAGGAUGUUGGACUCGCCAGAAAACUACGAGAUGCCGGCGUGUUAAAGGUGUCAGAACACAACGCUCUGGAGUCUCCAGCCGAAUACUCCAUUUCAGACUUUGCUCGAGAUAGCGUCCGUAAUGAGGAGCUGAAUAUCUCUGUCUGUUACAGCGUCGAUAAAGCCCUACAACAAACACUUGAACCUUCGACAAGCGAUAUUCCAUUCCAGCUUAUCAUUGGCGGCGAGUGUGGCAUGUCGCCGGGAAUCUUGGCAGCUUUCUGGCGUUGGGCUUAUUCACACUCGCCUGCCCUGCGAGUGGGCUUUCUUUACAUUGAUGCCGACGCCGAUUUGAAUACGCCAAACGACCGCUCUUUUGCGGGAACUUUUGCAGGAAUGAACAUGACGCAUCUCCUUCGAACACCUGGUGCGUUCCGCAGUAUGGACGUGUUUUCUCGUCCUACUGGUGGACCUCUCUGCGAUGCAUCUAAUACCGUUUUCUUUGGCAUGAACGUUGAUAAUGCGGGCAAUACACGAGAGCAACUUGCAUUCCUCCUUGAGAAUGGUUUCCGGGUCGUAAUUUCGGCUUCUGUAGCGAAAGAUCCAGUUCAGACUGCCAAAAGUGCACUCAAUUAUCUUGAACAAAACUCGGACGUCAUCCUAGUACACCUAGAUGUUGAUUCUAUCGACCCGAAAAUGUUCCCCUUGGCAAACAUUCCAAAUUAUACUGGGGUUGCAUUUGAGGAUAUGAUGCAGGCGUUGACGGUGGUUCUGGCAAGUCCAAAGGUUAAGGGUUUGACCGUCGCGGAGGUUAACCCAGACCAUGAUAUUGGAUUGGAUAUGACAACUAGGCUGGCAGACCAUCUUGUAAACAUGUUAGCUGCCAAGCCAUCUUAG